AUGAGUGUGUCAUCGGUAUUAUUUUCAGCGGGAACAAGAUCUGAAAUGGAUUUAGAAUUAGAGCCUCCGUUGAAAAAACAAAGAACUAUCAAUACUUACUUACCGGAUAUAGAUAUAUGGAUUGACAAGAUUAAAUCAUCGGAUCAAAAUCUAUCACCGGUUGUAAGUGAUGAAUUCAAUGCUCCGAUAAAACUAGGCAAAGUUUACGUCGGAUAUAUAAAGAAUGUUCAGGAUAUAUCGAAAGCUGUUAUGACGUUAAAUGAAAAAAUACCACUUAAAGAACUCCAACAUUUGAAAAGAGUUAAACGUCAGAAUAUAAUUCUAUGUCCGAUCACCUCUCUCAACAGCGAGACAAUACAGGAGUAUAUAGAAAAAAAUGUCGGCGAACUCAAAGAUAUAUUCGAUUAUUUUCAAGUAUUGGAAGUGCCGUUUACAGCACCGAGAGUUACAAAACAAUAUCAGGAGACGAAGAAAUAUUGGCCGUGCAAUUUUCAUCCAAAUCAUUACUGGGAGAAGCUUGUUAGAAAUUCAUUCUUUACUGAUCAUGAAUUGGUAAUUCAUAGGACAUAUAUGGAGGUUGUGAUGGAAAUAGUCAAGUGGCAUUCAAAUUAUUUACAAAUUAAACUAUCUGACGAUGGAUUACAAGAUAUAAAUGCAAGUAUUGUCGUCGAUCCGGAUAUAAAUUCAAUAGUUACUAUCGCAUUUGAUCAUAGACAAAUACAUCCUCUACAACACACAGCGAUGAUAGCCAUAGACAAUGUAGCUAGGACCCAAAAUGGCGGCGUUUGGGAUAAUAACAUAUCAGACGAAUUAAUGAUUCAUUUAAAAGAAAAGUUUGCUAUAAAUUUUGGUGUUAGAGAUAGUAAUAAAAAUAGCAAAGAAGGUCCGUACUUAUGUACCGGUUAUAACUUGUAUAUAUUAAGAGAACCUUGUCAUAUGUGUUCUAUGGCUUUAGUACAUGCUCGGACUAAAAGAAUAUUCUUCUGUAUAGAAAAUCAAGAAAAAGGCGCCCUGAAAUCUACCGUCAAAUUACAAACCAUUAGCUCAUUGAAUCAUCAUUUUGAAGUUUUCACUGGAUUUUUAUAG